AUGGAAGCCCACGAGACAAAGACCCCCAGGGCCAAGGGCCGAGAGCUCGGCGACGACAAGGCGCCGACGCUGGUGUUGGCACAGCCGGACACUCUCAAAAACGAGGUCAACAAUCAGCUUUCGUCUACUGCCGCGGCUGCUGCUCCUUGCUCGCUCGCGCCGCAGCCUCAGGCCGAAAGGACCGCGGCACCAACCAUGUCUCCUGCUGCCGUGGUCGAAAAGCCCGGGGAGGACCAACCGAACAACGAAGACAGAAUGGAUACCACCGAGUCCAUCGACCGACUCACGCUCCUCCGGAGCAUGCCCGAGCCCCCCCUGGAAUGCCAGGUGGCCGACGGUCUGCAACCAAAAACGAUUGAGACCUUCAGGCAGAUGCGUCUGGCAGAUCCCUUGCUACAGCGAGGUGUGCGGGUCUAUGACAUCUGCUUCUGGCGCAGCACGCCAGACGAGCCGCUCCAUCGCCUGGGCCGUGAGGUCCACUACCCGCCAGUUAUCGAUGUGUUGGAUCCCUACAUCCUGCUCGUCCACCAGGGCAUGGUGGAGAGCCUUUUCAUCGAAGAUUUGAGGAAACGCGGCUACGAAGUGCGCAGAAAUACCGCCUUCGAGUCCUACAGCGUCUGCGAUAGCAAGGGGGGCCCUCUCCAGGUCAACUGCCGCACAAACGUCACUCAGGACCGCAAGACCAUCCUUACCCAGUACCUUGUUGGUUGUGAUGGCGCCCACUCCAAGGUUAGGAGGAGCAUCCCAGAUGCAAAGCCCGUCGGCCUAUCGCAACCCUCUGUGUGGGGUGUGCUGGACGGCGAGCUCAUUACUGAUUUCCCGGAUAUUUGGUCCAAAACUCUGGUGUAUUCUCAAGAGCAUGGUUCCAUCUUGAUCAUUCCGCGUGAGCGAAACAUGACGCGCUUCUACAUCGAGCUGAAAAGCGGCCCCAAGGGGGACCGCAGCCAGCUUGGUCAAGAGUUCGUCAUGCAACGCGCCAAGGAGAUUAUGGCGCCCUUCCGGGUUGACUGGAAGUAUGUUGAGUGGUUUGGUCGCUACCAGAUCGGCCAGCGCGUGGCGAGCCGCUUCUGCGACAACCAUCUUCGCGCCUUUUUGGCCGGCGAUGCCAGUCACACACACUCGCCCAAGGCCGCCCAGGGUAUGAACACGUCGAUGCAUGACGCGUGGAAUCUGGGCUGGAAACUGAACCUGGCCGUUCGCGGCCUUGCCAAGCCAGAUCUGUUGAAAAGCUAUGAGGAGGAGCGUAGGAAGAUCGCCCUGGAUCUGGUCAACUUUGACUAUGAGCACGCCAAUCAGAUCGCCGGUGGCGAUGCUGUUGCUCUUGCUGAAAAUUUCAAAACAAAUGUGCGCUUCAUCUCGGGUAUCGGCGCUGAUUACCCCGAAAAUUGCCUGAAUAUGAUGGAAUCGCAAUCGUGGGUGAUGGGCGAGGCGAAGCCGGGUUGCCUGCUUCCCCCGGCGAAGGUGACUCGCUACAUUGACUCGAACCCAGUGGACAUCCAGCUCGAUAUUCCGAUGCUGGGCCAGUUCCGCAUCUAUUUGCUCAUGUGGGAUGUGCACCAGUCGCGCAUCUGGCUCGAGACUUUCUGCCAGGCUAUCGCAUCUAAGGAGUCCUACAUCAGCAAGCUCUCGGCUGCUGCAAAUCUCUCAUACGCCCAGCAGCCGCGUUCACCGGCUCCCGAAGACAUUUACCUCCGUCCGGAGCGCUACACGGCUGUUAGCCAUCUGUUUACUUUUGCCCUUAUUACCACUAUGCCCAAGUCAGAAAUCGAAAUCGCCGACCUGCCGCCGCUCUUCCAGGACAGCCGCUGGACCUUCUACCUGGACGACAUCCCCGAGCAGGACACGCGCGGCUCUCUCUGCACCAAUAAGUGGCUCGGCAGCCUCGGUCCCGGCGAGGUCGCCAUCGUCAACGUCCGUCCGGAUGGCUACGUCGGGUCUAUCGGCCGCUGGGACUCGAGUGUCGACGAGUCGGGUGAGGAUGCCGCUCGCUGGCUGGAUCGUUACUACGAGCGCUUCUUGCAGCUGCCGCCUAUUGUGGCUGCGCUGGUUUAA